AUGAUCGAAAAUUUUGUUAUUCCUAUAAAUAAGGAUGAACUUUCACAAACUCGGAGUGGACAAUAUUUCGUUGAAAAACUUGUUCCCAUACGACUAUUAUCACAAGCCCUUGAUGAAGCUCGAACAGCAUUCCAAUACAAUGGUGUUAAUUUUAUUUUCAAACAUUUUGAUACAUUUUUUUCUCUAAUUGUUUAUGGAAAUAAAAUUGAAUUGCCAAUUAUUAUGCGUGGUUUUAUCAGAAUUCAAAAAGCUAUUGAGACGUUAGUACUUGAUUUGGAAAGUAUAUUUGAAAGAGGAAAUGAAUUAGAAGAAGAAGAUAGGCUCAAAUUUUUAAACAUAAAUAAAAUGCUCGGAUAUUUGUUCUCUGGGCUUAUUUGCCAUAUAAAUGAUGAAAUUUCUAAGGAUGUAAAUGAUAAAUGCAUAGGGAAGCGUAAAAAGUCUGUGAAAUCAGAUAUAGAAGAAGAAUGGGAAAUUAGUAGAGAGAAAGUAUUAGAAUAUAUUUAUAGAUUAUUACAGUUACCACUACAAAAACUUUGGCAACCUCCUAUUUUGGAGGAUUCAUUUAUUACAUUAUUUACUAAAGUGUGCUAUAAAAUUUUAGAACAAUGUAAAGAUUCAAAGCAGAAAUACAUAAGACAAACAAUUUUUGAGAUUUUAGGUACUUCAGUUAAAAAAUAUAACCAUGGUAUAAGCUGUGUAAUAAGAAUUAUUCAGUUGGUGAAAUUGCAUGAUGUGUUAGCAGCUUAUAUAGCUGUUGGAGUUAUUCAAAUGAUUAACAGUUGUGGUUGUAAUGGUUUAAUAAGAGAAAUAAUAAAAGAGAUUGGUGAAAGUGAAUUAUCUGAACCUGAUAGUCGCAAUAUAUCAAUAUUUUUGGAAAAUAUUGCUACUACUGAACCAAAAAUCAUAAUUCCUAUUCUUGAUGAUGUAAUGGAUUAUUUAGCUAGUGAGCACUAUACUAUGAGAAAUUGUACUAUUACUAUUAUACGUGAGGUUGUACAAAAAACAUUAACUGGAGAUGAUCUCACACAAGAACAAAAAGAUCAACGUGAUGAAUGUCUUAAUAGCUUGGAAGAACAUAUUCUUGAUAAUAAUGCUUAUGUCAGAUCAAAAGUUUUACAAGUUUGGCAACACUUAUGUUGUGAAGGAGCUAUUCCAUUAGCAAGGCAAGGAAGACUUUUAGCUGCUACUGCAUUACGUUUAGAAGAUAAAAGUGCAAUUGUAAGAAAACAAGCAUUACAAUUAAUGCGCGCCUUACUACAAGGUAACCCAUUUGCAGCAAAAUUAAACAAAAUAGAAAUUUCUAAAUCAUUAGAAAAAGAAGAAAUAAAACUAAGAGAGCUCCAAACUGAAAGUGUUAGUAAAAGUGCUCGUGGUGACAAUCAAAGAUUAGAACUGUGGAAUACAUUCCUUCCAGAAAUAAGAAAAGCAUUAAAAAAAGUUAUUAAUGACAGAGGAAACAAAGAUAAAGAGCAAGAUAAUGAAACUGAAGUGGAAGAUAUCAAUGUUGAUAUAGCAUUUGAGCAUGUCAGACACUUAAUGUUAAAAGAAAAAAUACUUGAAGCAGUAACAUAUUUAUGGAAAGUUUGUAUAAAAUUAAAGCAGAGUCCAGAUAUAGAAAAUCUGUCUCCUGAAGCAAAGGAGGAAUGUCUAUUUUUACUUUUAUUAAAAACAUUUAUGGAAUCUGAAAAUAAUACAAGUAAUGAAAAUGAAAGCACAAAUAAAAAGCAGUUGACAGAUAAGAAAAAUAAUGAGAUAGAAGAAAUAAUAGCGAUAAAACGAGUUGUAAAUUAUUUGAAAAAUUGUUUAGAAUUUGCAACUGAAUUAGAAAUUGCUAUACCUAUGGCAGAAAAGUUGCUUUUUUCUACUACAGCAAGUGAUGCUAUUGAAGCAUGUGCUUUACUUGGAAUUGCUUAUCAAUUUGGUGUAGCUGGAGCUGCAGAUGCUAUUCGCGAUGCUUUGUUUCAAGUAUUUCAUCGUGAUCAAUCAGUGCGCAAUAACAUAGCAAUGGUGUAUAAAGAUCUUUAUUUAAAUAAGAAUGAAAAUCAAAAGUCAAAACGACAAGAAACUCUUCAGUGUGUUAAAUCAUUGAUUGAUUUACUAAAGGGACUUCAACCAGGUCAAAGUCAAGCUUUGACUCAGCUUAUUUCAACUUGGUAUAAUAAUGAUGAUAUCAAUAACGAAAUAUUACAGGUUUUAUGGGAAAAAUUUUCAAUGAAAUCAUCAGAUACAGAUUCAUUAGAUAGCAGAACUGCUUUAAUGUUAAUAACAAUGAUAGCUCAAGCUCAGGAUGGUAUUAUAACUGGUAAUUUAGAAGUAUUAAUAAAAGUAGGACUUGGGCCACGAGCAAAGACUGAUCUUUUACUGGCUAGAGAUACAUGUAGAGCAUUGCUGACUGUAAAACAUAAAAAUGAUGAUAUUGAAAAGUCAUUUAUUAGGUAUCCCAAUGAUCAUGAAAUGUUUAAAGAAAUUCUUGCAUUACUAAUAGAAAAUUUUACAAAUUUAAAAGAGGAUGGAUAUAUUUCAUUUGCAACUGAUGCAAUUAAUGCCAUAUACCACCUAGCAAAUCAGCCUGAUCAUUUAAUAAAGCAAUUGUUAUUAGAAGUGUAUAUUCAGGGACAAUUUAAUAGUAAUUCGUCUGAACAUACUGUUUCAUCCUUUUUGUUGUCUAAAUUAUUAUAUUUAAUUGGACAUAUUGCAAUUAAAGAAAUGGCACAUUUAGACACAUCAGUUUAUAAGGAAUUAAAACGAAGAGAUAUUAUACGAAAUUUGAAGAAAGGAAAAAAUUCCGAUAAAAAUGAACAAAAUUUAAAUAUGUCUCGAAAAUCGAAUGCGGUAACAACUCCAAAUAGUGCAAGACAAAUAAUUCGUAAUAAAGAGACAAGUAUAAUUAUGGAAGACAAUGGAGAGGAGGCUGUAGAAGGAGCAGCAGAGGAUGCAGAUGCAGAAUUUAUAAAUGAUAUUCUUGAAAAUCAUAUUGUUACUGGAGAUGGACUCUUAGUACAAUUUAUACCAUUAGUGUUAGAUGUAUGUCAAUAUCAUGAUAAAUAUAACAAUGAAGACAUACAAGCUGCUGGAGCUCUUGCUCUCAGUAAAAUGAUGACAGUGAGUUCCAAUUUCUGUGAAAAAUCUUUACAACUUUUAAUCACAAUAUUAGAACGCUCACCAUAUCCUGGUAUUCGGGCUAAUGUUCUUAUUGGAAUAAGUGAUCUUACAACUAGAUUUCCAAAUCAAAUUGAGCCAUGGAUAAAACACGUUUACGGCAGACUCAAAGAUGAAGAUAUAAAUGUAAGAAGUACUUGUAUCCGAGUAUUGUCGAGUCUGAUAUUGAGGGAAAUGGUACGUGUGAGAGGUCAAAUAUCAGAAUUAGCUCUUUGUAUAGUUGACAAAGAUACUCAAAUUCGACAAGAUGCAAAGCAAUUUUUCAAAGCACUUUCACAAAAAGGCAAUGCUUUGUACAAUGUGAUGCCUGAUAUAUUGUCUCGAUUGACUGAUCCUGAUUUAGAUAUAAGUGAAUCCGAUUUUCAGAAAAUUUUAAAGUAUAUCUUGAAUUUAUUACAAAAAGAAAAACAAGUUGAUGCCAUUAUUGAUAAAAUUUGUACUAGAUUUAAAUUGGCUACUACAGAAAGACAAUGGCGUGACUUUGCAUAUUGUCUUUCACUUCUACAAUUUAGCGCAAAAAGUAUACGCCAUCUUAUAGAAUGUUUACCUCUAUUGAAAGAGAAAAUUCAUCAUAAGCAAGUUUUAAAAGCAUUGCAAUCUGUUAUUGACCAAACAAAGAAAAAAGUGAAUACAAAAGCAGCAUGUAUAGAAUUGGAAGAAAAGAUAGAGGAACUCCUUAAAGGAAGAGAAGAUACAAAUCAGAAUAGCAAUGAAGUAAUGCCACCACCUCCGGCACCAAAAUCAAGAAAGCGUAGUAGACGCACAAAGCACAGAAGUAGUAGUGAAGAAGAGGAUGGUAAUAUCGAUAGUGAUUCUGAACCAAUACCCGUAACUAAAACAAGAAGUUCUAAAAUAUCAAAGUCACGAGAAUCCAAAUCGAGUUCUAGUUCGGAUUCAGAUACUGAUGUACCAUUAAAAACUCCUAAAAGACAACCUAAGAUAAAUACAUCUACACGAAGUGUAAUCCGAUCAAGUCGGAAAAAGCGUAUCGAUUCAGUUGCAAUCACACCAUCAUCAUUGCCAAAAGGAAAUGAGAAACAUUCAAUAUCAGUGCGUUCUUCAGAAAGAUCUUCGGCACGUUUAUAUCAAUUACGAGCAAAAAAUUAA